AGUGCGUUGCUUUUUGGAACUGCGAAAGCAAGCCGCCCUGUCACCGCAGUGUAUUCUGGGUACCCACAGAAGAUUCAAGAUGGCGGCGAGCAGGAGACUGCACAAGGAACUUGAAGAGAUUCGCAAGUCUGGAAUGAAAAACUUCCGAAACAUUCAAGUGGAUGAAUCCAACAUACUGACCUGGCAAGGUCUCAUUGUCCCUGACAACGCUCCUUAUGACAAGGGAGCUUUCAGGAUUGAAUUAAUCUUCCCCGCCGAGUACCCCUUCAAGCCCCCCAAGAUCACGUUCAAGACGAAGAUCUACCACCCCAACAUCGARGAGAAGGGACAGGUGUGUCUGCCUGUCAUCAGCGCAGAGAACUGGAAGCCAGCCACCAAAACGGACCAAGUAAUUCAGUCCCUGAUUGCGUUGGUGAACGACCCCCAGCCAGAGCACCCCCUGAGGGCAGACUUAGCAGAAGAAUACUCAAAGGACCGGAAAAAAUUCUUUAAGAACGCAGAAGAGUUUACAAAGAAACAUGGAGAAAAGAGACCAAUGGACUGAUUACCUGACCAGUGUGUAGCCCUUUCUCUCUCCCUUCCUCACCCCCACAACCAAAUGUAUGUCCUUUCCCUUCUCUCUGUACCUUCCCUCACUCUCUCCUCCCCAUCUCCCCACACAUCCUCUCCUCCAUUCUUUCCUCACACAUACAUGUCAUCCUAGCAGCCCAGGAGCAACCUCGCUCCGGCGCCUGGCUGCAGCCUCGCCCCAGCCUACCCUUUACGCAGGACCCUGGAUCAGACAGGUUUCUCCUCCUGGUGAGAGUUGGAGGCCGUUACUAACUUUCUACUAUUUUCUUAAAUUAACAUGAAAAAGACAGGAAAACAUAAAUGGUUAGAGUACUCCCAUGUUAAAGAUGGUGAACUAAGGAGGGGGGAAAAGUAGAAGGAAAUGAUAAAAAUAAAAAUCCUGUGUUUUAGUUUUGCUGUUUGUUUAAAAAGAGGAAGAACAAGAAAUCACAGCUUGAGUACCGUAUGCAUCUUGUGGUAGCACUAAUUUGUGGAAGGAGAUUUUUUCUGACAGAAUGAAAAGUUGUGGUUCUGCUUUUCUUAUUUUCUGUUUCCUGUUCUCUAGUCUCACCUUGGUCUGUCACACCCCAAAAUGAAAUGUUAGCUAGGCCCUGGAAGUAUGUGCUGAAAUGUUUUCCUUUUGACUUCUCUGCUUCUGUAGUUGCACUGUAUUCUGUGGAACAAGCCCUCAUCGUUGUCCAUCCCCUCAGUUUGGAGCCAGUCCACUGAGCAGACUGAAACAAAAUGGCAACCGAUUUAAUAAGCCAAUAUUGUCAUCAGUUACAAGUGUAAUUCAUUGACUGGUUGAUAAUUGUCUCUGUUUUAUUCUCCCCGCUGGUCCAAAAUGACUUUUUAGGAUUGGAAAACGGAAGAAUACUCAUAAUGUACUUCAGUUUCCAUUAUUUUCUGUUUUAUGAGGAUGCUCCUCUUUGCAUUGGACAUAUUUUCUCCAUUUGUAUUCUGAGACCUCCUUCUGAACCAAAAGCAUUUAUCUCCCUCUGUGUUUUAUAAGGCGGCUGUAUACCCCACCCACUGUAGUUCUGACUCCUCACAUUUAGCUGUACGUCUACUAUCCAGUCUGUUGGCUGUAAGUCUACUCUCCA